GUCAACGGAAUGUGCUGCUCCUCAGCCGCUCACUGAACAGAGCAGACGCAGCGGGGAAGUAAGACCUCACGCUUGCAGUACUGGCGAUAUUUGGAAUUUGGAAAAUUGCUAAGGUUUGUCCAAAAAGUCGAUAGAUUCGUCGCUAGUCGCUUUUUUGAAAAAAUGUCGCUAAAGGGGUCUGAAAAGUCGCUAAAAAUAGCGACAAAGUCGCUAAAUUGGCAACAAUGCACUCAACAGGAGUCAGGAAACACGUCGUUCUGUUCUUUCCGCAAAUUACCGUUAUAACCGCAAUAUGCGCGCACUCGGAUUUAAAUCGAGGCUGGUUUGACAGUGCAGUUUUCUGCUCAUCAGAAACGGACGCUUUUUCUGGUUUUACCUCCGUGGACGCAAAUAAACGCUCUCACACUGAAAUAGAUGAACUAUAUGGAUAUUAAAGACAUUAAAGAUUAACUGGCGUUCAUAAAGAUGAUCACGACACACCACGUUAUUUUAAUCUCGGGAUGACGAUUUGUUAUGGAGAAACGGAAAUCGGGAAAUGAUGACAAUACACAAUGUUUUAACAUCUACAUGGAAAAGGUGCACAGCUGCAAUGUAUUUACAGAGGAUUCGGCACUGGGAAGCCCAACGACACCACAGUGACCGCUCGAAUCGCUGCCUGUCUGGCAGACAUCUCAGCCUGGAUGAAGGAACACCACCUUCAACUCAACCCUGCCAAGACCGAACUCCUUGUCUUUCCAGCCAUCCCUGCUGUUGAACACAACAUCACCGUGCAGCUGGGCCCAACUACAGUUUCACCUUCCAAAACGCCCAACGACACCACAGUGACCGCUCGAAUCGCUACCUGUCUGGCAGACAUCUCAGCCUGGAUGAAGGAACACCACCUUCAACUCAACCCAGCCAAGACCGAACUCCUUGUCUUUCCAGCCAACCUUGCUGUUGAACACAACAUCACCGUGCAGCUGGGUCCAACUACAGUUUCACCUUCCAAAACGGUCAGAAAUCUAGGGGUAACCAUUGAUGAUGAGCUAAAUUUCACUGACCACAUUUCAAAGACUGCAAGAUCAUGUAGAUUUACACUCUACAAUAUCAGGAAGAUAAGACCCUUCAUCUCUGUACAUGCCACACAACUGCUCGUUCAGUCCCUUGUCAUAACUAGACUGGACUACUGUAACGCUCUCAUUGCAGGCCUUCCUGCAUGUGCUAUUAGACCUCUCCAAAUGAUCCAGAAUGCAGCAGCACGUCUGGUCUUUAAUGAACCUAAGAGAGCACGUUACACCACCUUUUGUCUCUCUCCACUCUCUGUCUAUCUAUCUAUUCUCUGUCUGUCUAUCUAUCUAUCUAUCUAUCUAGGUCUUACAUCUAUCUAUCUAUCUAUCUAUCUAUCUAUCUAUCUAUCUAUCUAUCUAUCUAUCUAUCUAUCUAUCUAUCUAUCUAUCUUAUCUAUCUAUCUAUCUAUCUAUCUAUCUAUCUAUCUAUCUAUCUAUCUAUCUAUCUAUCUAUCUAUCUAUCUAUCUAUCUAUCUUUUUGUCUCUCUGUCUGUCUAUCUGUCUGUCUAUGUAUGUAUGUAUCCUAUCUAUCUAUCUGUCUGUCUGUCUAUAUGUCUAUCUAUAUGUCUGUCUUUUCUUUCUAUCUGUCUGUCUGUCAGUCUGUCUUUGUGUCUGUCUGUCUGUCUAUCUAUAUAUCUGUCUUUUCUAUCUAUCUGUCUGUGUCUGUCUGUAUGUCUAUCUAUAUAUCUGUCUUUUCUGUCUAUCUAUCUAUCUAUCUAUUCUCUGUCUGUCUCUUUGUCUAUCUAUCUGUCUGUCUGUCUGUCUGUCUGUCUGUCUGUCUGUCUAUCAGCAGCAGCAGUUAUUAAUGAAGUGGAUAAUGUGGAUGGGCAAGCUGAGAGAGGGGCUUCACAGCAAGUAGAGACCAUGUACAUCACAGCAGCAGAAGAUAACACAAGAAAUUUCAUGCACAUAAUCAGGCAGUUUAGUUCAAUUGAAGAGUUUCUUAGUGAUGACAACAUACACUUGUCAGUCAACCCAACUACUGUGACAAAUUUGGAGCAGAGUUCUUAUCUGGACUAUGCUUUUGACAUUGAUGGUGUAGUGGUGGAGCUUGAAGGGUUGGUUGGCAAUUAUGUCUCUGUCUUAUUCCGAGAGGCCACCAUGGAGAUCCAUCCAUUGACUCAGCUGAAAGCAUGGCUCAAAGAGCUGUGGAAAGCUUCAGAGCUAUUGAAAAAACUCUGUGCAGUUUACUGA